UCAGCGCUUCUUGCUGAAUCCUCAGCCGGAAGCUUCUCCAGCAUGGAUAUGGGACCUCCGUGUCCAUGUGUGGCUGCAGUGAAUUGUCCGGAGAAGAUGUUCAGGGGGGGUGCUCUCCCCUCUUCCCUCACUGCCCUCAGCUGGAGAUCAAUGACGUGACCAGAGCUUGGGGACUGGAGGUCGACCGUGUAGAGCUGGCAGUAGAGGCUGUGCUGCAGCCACCGCAAGACAGCCUGACUGUGCCCAGCCUGGACAGCACCCUCCAACAGCUGGCCCUCCACUUGCUAGGGGGAAGUAUGAACUCAGCGGUCGGACGUAUUCCAUCCCCAGGGCCAGACACCUUGGAAAUGAUAAAUGAAGUGGAACCUCCUGCCUCUCUUGCUGGGGCCGGGACUGAGCCCAGCCCGAAGCAGCCCGUGGCUGAGGGGCUCCUCACAGCCCUGCAACCCUUCCUGUCAGAGGCACUGGUCAACCAGGUUGGGGCCUGCUACCAGUUCAAUGUCAUCUUGCCCAGUGGCACCCAGAGUAUCUACUUCCUGGACCUUACUACAGGUGGGAGACUUGGCCUUGAGGUCAAGGGAACAAGGCACCUGUUUCGCUAUUCACCUACCAGAGCAAUCUGGAGAAUGGGCUUUUCAACUUGCCUUGAGAUCACAGUAGAUCUAACUGACCCUGCUGGCAGCAACACAGCUUGGCUGGGGAUUGUCUAUCUUAUUGAUUCUUUCAAAGAAUCAGCUUUUGGUUUGGUUGAUGCUUGA